AUGGCGGCCUUCACCGUAAAGGCCACCUACCGCAACGAAACCCGCAAAUUCUCCUUCCCUGAAGCCCAUUUCCCCACUUACGACCAGCUGUUCAGCCAGCUGUAUCGUGUUUUCCCCUCCUCCCACUCCUUUUAUCUUUCAAGAGUUCUCUUCUCCCCCAACCCCUCUUCCUCCGCUCGUAUCCUCCUUGGCAAAGAGGUCCACUCCGCGGAAGACUAUGGUCGCUGUGUCACCCAUUAUCAAGGACGUUCAUGGCCAGCUGCACUCCUUCGCUUCUCCGUCUUCGACGAGACACCCCACAAGACACCCAGCAUGGUCAGGAAUCUCGAACCAUACAGCGAAGACCCAGUUGCCGUAAGCAGUCGCACUGUCCGCCCAUCACUCUUCGAUCUCCUGGCCAACUCCCAGUCGAGUCCGCAGGCUGCUGCGGAGCCUUCGCAGGUCGCAGCAGGCGUUGAGCCAGUGUCUACCGGAGACCUCUCCCCGCACAGCGACGCUUCCUCGCAGAUGUCCUUCGACUCUCUGUUCAGCAAAUUCAAUGCCAUCCCCAACCCCCUCGUCGAUAUGAAAUCCAGAUCUGGCGAGCACUUGCCUCCCAUUCCACCCGUUUUCGUGGCACCCCCACCCCCCAUCCUGUUCUCGGGACCGGUGUCUCGUGCUCCUACGCAGCCUAGCCCUCCCGAUGAAGACUGCGAAGAGCUGCUGUGCGGCGCCCGCCCGCGGCGUAACCGCAGCUUCUGGUCCCCUUUGUCUCGAACAGUGUCGACAGCGGAUAUGUCACCCUUUGCGCAGCAAGGCCGGCCAGACUCCUUGAGGGCGUCGUCCAUCAUCCUCGAUGAUCCGUCUUCGCUUCUCCCCACAGGCAACGUGGACAGUUGCUGCUCAGUCUCUGAGGGCAAAGUGGAGGUCGAAAGACUGGUCGGCGAGUUCAACCGCGACUUCCGUUCAGUCAUGGCCAAGACCUUUGGAGAGGAAUGGGAUGUCCUACCAUCGGGGGUCCUCUCGCAUAGCUGGUGGGUGCCGUCACCACCCCCUCCACCUCCACCCCCAGUUCCUAGCAACUUGACACUGCCUCCGCUUCCUGCUCGCCCGUUGCCUCCCCCUCCGGGUCUUAUGCUUCCUCCCCCGCCGCCCCCGUGCAUCGUCCCCGCCGCCGCCGCCACCUCUCCCUCCGUUCCCAGCAGGAGUCUGGCGCGAACAACGCCCGUUCUCACCAUCCUCAGAGGCCACGUCUUCCCCAUUAACCCCACUCAGGCAACUGCGAAGAUGUCUCCUUCCAAGGAAGUGGUCCACAAGGGCAUACGAUGCGACUUUUGUGGCGAGCGGGAUAUCACCGGUACUAGGUUUAAAUGUUUGCAGUGUGAUGAUCUUGAUUGGUGCAGCGACUGCGCGACAUCUCCGACCGCUUGGGCAACACACGACGAGGGACACGCCUUCUUCCCAGUGCGCCCCGUCCAUAAGGGUAUCACAUGUGAUGGCUGCAACCAGCGGAAUGUUACGGGCACGAGGCACAAGUGCUUGCAGUGUGCAGACUUCGACUUCUGCGACGCCCAUGAAGCUCCGCACAACUCCUGUCCGAACGCGGAUCAGUCGCAGCCUAUCACUCGUCUGGUCCACAAGAACGUCAUCUGCGACGUGUGCGACCGCGAAGUCGUCGGUGUCCGGCACAAGUGUCUCGACUGCCCGGACUACGACAUGUGCGAGAACUGCAUUUCCAAGCCGUCUCUGCGCUCCCAGCACCACCUCGAGCACCAGUUCUUCGCCAUCGAGAAGCCUGGAGAAGUCAUCGUGCACACCGUGUUCAGCGGCGAUGAUGAGCACAUGCCGACCGCGACUAGGAGUGUCCCACCUCCCCCGGUCACCACUCCUCCUGUGAACGUCGAGCCUGUCGAGCCUGUCAUCCACAAUGCUAUGUGCAACAUGUGCGACUCGCGUAUCCGUGGAGAUCGUUACAAGUGCCUCAACUGCCCAGACUACGACGUUUGCCAGCUGUGCUACACGAUCACCCCUGAACAGCACCCUGAGCAUGGGUCCCCUACACCCGACACGCCCUACGCCCAGUCGCCGCUGGACCCCUUUCACUGGACCAGUCAUUUCGGACCUGUCAUGUCGCCGCCCACCCAGUCCAUGACGCCCAUCCGCGUCAUCACCGAUAUGCUGUCUCCCGAGCCGACUCGUAUGCCACCUUCGCCUCUUCUCACCCCUGCCUCCGCUUUCACUCCGAACCUUGGGUCGCCGCGUUCUACGCCCAUUGCCUGCCAUUUCCCGCUGGUUCCGUACAGCAUUCCCGGCUCGCCCCCUCUCCCGGUUGCAUCCUUCACACAGCGCGAAGAGUUUGGGCUCGCUUCGUCGGUUGAGUCCAUCCCUCGCCUCGUCGAGUUGAGCGAGUGCUACCCGGUUGCUCCUCCCUUGGUGCCGUCACCCAUCCUGGAGCCCGAGAACACUCUUGGGGGCGCGUGUACCCCUUCGGAGCUCCCAGCGUCUUCUGAGUCCUCAUCGAAGUCUGUCCCCAAGCUUAGCCCAGUCGGUACCGAAUGGCAAGAACUGUGGCCGGAGUUCACGUCUGUGUUCAAGCACCUCCUGCAACCGCCUCCCUCUCAUCUGACUUCUCUCGGUCCCUCGACCAUGCCUGGGGAGAUGCUCAACGAGGAGGUGAAGGUCGAAGACGAAGCCUUCAAGACGAUGGACCCCGUCCCGGCGAUGGAGCAGUCCCCGCUAGUUGGCGAGCCUCUUCUCGUUUCUCCCAUCCACCUGGACACUGAGGAUCAGGCCAAGCCGCUCCUUGCGACAUUCGUCUCAGACAGCAACAUCCCGGACGGCCAGAUCUUCCCUCCCGGCGCCGAGUUCGUCAAAUCAUGGCGCAUGCGCAACGACGGCGAGGUGGACUGGCCUGCGACCACGGAACUUGUGUUCGUCGCUGGUGACCGAAUGGCUCCUCGCCUUGUGGCCCCCGCCAAGGUGAUGAUUGGCGUCGUCAAGGCUGGUGAGGAAGUUGAGCUGUUCUCUGGCGAGAUGAAGGUAUGCGCCAGAGGUUCCGGCAAGUACGUUAGCUCUUGGCGUCUCAGCGAUGGCAAGAACAAUCUCUUCGGGAACAGCAUCUGGGUCGAUAUCACUGUGGCCGAGAUGAACGAGUCGUCGGACGAGUCUCUUGCGGCUUCGUCCAUCAUCAUGCCCCGCAACCUCGCCGAGACUACGUCCUCUCGCUCGACGGUGGAGCAGCUCCCUUCGCCAACCUCUAUCUAUGUUCCAUCUGCGCCGCGCUCGGAAGGUGGCUCCUCUAUCUUCUCCUCGACGCUCCGUCCAUCCUCUCGAUUUCUUCUUCUUCUUCUUCCGACGACGCUGUCUACGAAGACAGCCGUUCGCCUCGUCUGA